GAGGAGCCUGAACCACGUAAAAGAAGUUGAACAGUUUACCUUGCCGUAUAAGUCCACGUGAAGUCGUUGCGUGCUGAUCGAAAGAGAAAUAUUCUUCUGGAGGAGGAGACAUCGUGGCGUCUUGCUCUCUCUCUCUCUCCCUCCCUCUCUCUCUCUCUCCCUCUCUCGAGGUGUCACCUAUCAGUGUCAAAGGAAACUCUGGAUUUUAAGAAGCCGAUGUUGUUGUGGUGUUAGUCGCAGAAAAGAAGUGAGUGCGGUGGUUAUUAUAUCUCUUUUAAGACUCGCGGAAGGUGUUCUUAGAGACCUACGAAGUUUCUUUUAGGUCUUGAACGAAGUUCUCAGUGCCCACAGACUUGAUGAUGCCACAAGCGCCCACGCCCGUGGCGCCCACACGCCCACGACUCGGAUUCUCCAUAGAAUCCCUCGUAGGGUGCGGCGAGGAGAAGAGGCGAUCCGUGUCGCCGCCCUCCGUCCCGGGACACACCAAACUGCCCGAGUCCCCGCCACACCACCAUCCGUCGAGGGACAUCCCCGCCCUGAACCUUUCGCGGGAGUUCUUCCUCGUCAGGGAACAGCAGCUCAGAGAACAGCUCAGAGACCAGUUCAUCAAGGAGCACCUCCUCCGCGUCCAGCAAGCGAAGGAGACCAGAGAUGCCCAGCAGCAGCAGCAUCAUCAUCAGCAGUCUCUGCUGACGUCGCCGCUGACGUCUCCCAUCCGCUCACACUCCCCCGUCGGCGGCCUCAUCCCCACCGACGAGGACAAGAAGACGACGACGUCGUCGUCGUCGACGCCUCCUACGAGUCCCGUGACGCUCCCGCCGCAGCCCGGAUUCCUGCCGGGGUCUGGAAUCGCCCUCCCGCCACAGCUGUUGCCCCUCGGAGCGCCCAAUAUGCCUCCUCACUUACCGACGCCCCUCAUGCACCAUCCGCUGUUGUCCCCCGGCCAAGUUCCUCAGUUGGGGACGCCGUUGCCACCGGCCCCUGGGCCCAGAGAUUAUCCUCUGUACCCUUGGUUACUCUCCCGUCACGGGAGAAUAUUCCCGCCGGGAUUUCCCGUCGGCCACGACUUCCCGACAUUCCUGCUGCCCUUCCGUAAACCGAAGCGUAUCCGGACGGCGUUCAGUCCGAGCCAGCUGCUGAAGCUCGAACAGGCCUUCGAAAAGAACCAGUAUGUCGUCGGCGCCGAGAGGAAGCAGUUGGCGCAGUCUCUCAACCUUUCUGAAACUCAGGUGAAAGUGUGGUUCCAGAACCGCAGGACAAAACACAAGCGCCAACAGCAAGAAGGUGAGGGAGAAGGAGACGGGAAGUCUGACAGUAAACAAGGGGACGAAGAAGGUCUCGUCCUUGAACACGAGGAAGACGAAGAGCUGGACGUCGAGAACGAAGGGGAAGUGCAUUAAGCUCAUCCUCAUGGUCAAUUCGUUCUCUCUCUCUCUCUCUCUCUCUCUCUCUCUCUCUCUCUUGUCCCCAUCCAGUAACAAGUCGCGAGACGAAAGAUUAUACUGGUUAGCAAUGGGUCGUAGAAUUUCCUCUUUGAAUUUCGCAGCCGGAGUUCGACGCCAGGAUACUUCCAAGGCUCUGCGUCCUGGGAGUCGUCACCGAAGUCGUGAGUCGCUAAUAACGACUUCGUCCUAAGGAAUUCGUCCUAGCCUGCAUGUCGCCACCCGCGUCUGGCAGUGGGCGUUGAUUUUUUUUACCUCGACUUCCAGGUCGAUCGUCCAGCUUUUCGACAAAGUUGCCGCUGUCACAUUUGGGACUUCAUGAAUGUCGCAGCUGACUGAUUGAUUCUCUUGAACGACUCCCCCCCCCCCUCCCCUUCUCCAAGUCUCUGAAUUCCCAUUUAGUGGGUCGAUUCAGUAGUCGCUGAAACCUCAUGAAAUGGGUCGAUUCAGUAGUACCUGAAUCCCCAUGAAAUGACCCGAUUCAGUGUUGAUGAUUAGCAAACUACUACUAUAGACGCUGGCUGACAUCUUCCCGAGAAAAUCAAAUAUUAAUUAAAUCGUCACAAUAGAGUCGGGAACACCGCAACAUUCCCUAAGAUAGACUGAUAAUUACGACGAUUUUCCAACAAGUGUUCAACUCAGCUUCGGCUACACCUAAACACCCCCCCCCCCCCUCUCCGUGACUUUCCACAUCAUAAAAAAAAAAACAAAAAAAAAAAAAAAAUAGAGAGAGAGAUUCUGAUUAGCGUUUCAGGUUCCAAGUCAAGGAGAAAAGGAUAUUUCCACUCUUCUUCCAUUCAUUCCAUUUUUUUUCUAUGAAUGUCACCGGUAUAAAUAUUUACUUGUUAAAUGAUAAAUAUAAAACUCAGGUCAUAUUGAUCUAGGAUAUAGCGAAAGUCACCUUCGGCUCUGGUCAGCCGACGGAUUGUCUUGUUAUAAAUGAGUGUCACGGCUGACAAGCCGCUUAUCUCUGUCUCUUCCGAUGAGAUUAUAAUUGUUCAAUUUUCAGAUAUAUUUUUCGUUAUAUUUUCUGCAGUGUUUACAAUGUUUUCAUGAUUAUUUUACAUAGCUCAGAUUUCUGCGCGUUGUAGUUUUUUUUUUUUUUUUUUUUUUUUUUUUUUUUUUUGGUUAAGAAGCCUCGUUGGCUCUCCUAAAAGUUCCUAUAUGUGCCAUAAGUGUAUAUAAUUGUAAAUAAAAAAAAGAAUAAUUUAUAUGUAUAUAAUGUACAUGUAAGAUUUAUUUGUUUAUAUAGGAUUGCUGAAUUCUUUGUGCCAGUAAUGUGGAAAAACUACUUGAAAUCGAUGUCAUUUAUUAGGCUUUACAAUUUACAAUAAAGUUUGCCCAAAAC